CUAGAGACACUAGUGCCAGCCCACGAACUUUCUGGAAGCCAGAAAUAAUGUUUUGACCCCCAAAAGGGAAAAUCAGUUCCAAAUAGAAAUUAAUAAAUGUAUCCAAAUGUAACCUAUUAACUGGAACGUAACCCAUAUACUUAAGAAUUAUAUUUGAUGUAGGAUGUGGGUUCAUAUAUUUUAUGUAAUUUGGGCCGGGCGUCCAAAAGUAUGUGUUUAGGGCCCUUGGAGCUAUUGAAAUGGUCUUGAACUGAGUAGAAGGGUGUGGGACGGAGGUGAAAGGGUAGUGUCAGGGCUGGUUGCCUUUCAAGUGAUACCAAGCUAUAGGCCCUGGCCCUGGGGAGGCAGAGGAUGGCCGUUUUCUAAUUUACACAAAAGUUCCCAGUGGAUGAUGUUAUGGGAAAGGGUUUGAGGAGUCUGGUUCUAAGAGUACCAGACGCAAGGGGUACUCUUUCCUGACCACAAGAAGAAAGUGAACUGAAGGCUUGGCGCAGAAAGCUUUUUGGAAAGAAAGGUUACGUGAACUGGAGGUGAAAGGGUUGGAUACAGCUUUCCCCAUCACUUUGCAUCUAUAUUUUGGUUUGUGCCUUAUCACCAGUAGAUCAAGGAGAAGAGUUAAAUACUUUAAGAUGAGAAACAUUGAUGUUUGUUUGAGCUCUGAAGGGACUGAAGUGAUUUUAGCUACAUCAAGUGAUGAAAAACACCCACCUGAAAAUAUAAUUGAUGGAAAUCCAGAAACAUUUUGGACCACCACAGGAAUGUUUCCCCAAGAGUUCAUUAUUUGUUUUCACAAACAUGUAAGGAUUGAAAGGCUUUUAAUCCAGAGUUACUUUGUACGGACCUUGAGGAUUGAAAAGAGCACUUCUAAAGAGCCAGUUGAUUUUGAGCAGUGGAUUGAAAGAGAUCUGGUACAUACAGAGGGGCAGCUUCAAAAUGAAGAAAUUAUGGGGACAUCUUAUGCCUGUUCCUGCUACCACAAUGUUCACCUUUUUAAUUAUUUUCUAAAAUUAAAUUUCAAGGAAUGGAAUUACUGGGUCCAUGGGUAUAGACAUAUUUAUAGCUUCUUAUAUAUACUGCCAGAUUGCUUUUCGGAGACUUUCUUUACAUUUUUAUAUAAAUAUAAAAGUAUUAUAUUCAGGGUAGUGUAUUCUGAGGCAUCAUCCAACAAAUGAAAUCUCUUAUUAUGAAAAAUACUUCAGAAAAACACUUUAAAAAAAUUAAUCAGGGCUUCCCUGCUGGCACAUGGUUAAGAUCCGCCUGCCAGUGCAGGGGACACAGGUUCGAGCCCUGGUCCAGGAAGAUCCCACAUGCCACGGAGCAGCUAAGCCCGUGUGCCACAAUUAUUGAGCCUGCACUCUAGAGCCUGUGAGCCACAACUACUGAGCCCUUGUGUCACAACUACUGAAGCCCGUGUACCUAGAGCCCGUGUUCCGCAACAAGAGAAGCCACAGCAAUGAGAAGCCUGCAUACCGCAACAAAGAGUAGCCCCCACUCGCCACAACUAGAGAAAGCCCAUGUGCAGCAACAAAGACCCAAUGCAGCCAAAAAUAAAUAAAUAAAAUAAAUUACUUUAAAAAAAUUAA